CAUAGCUCAUGCUUAUAAAGCUGCAAGGUUGCACCAAACGCAGAGACCAGAAGAAGAGAAAGACUGCGAGUGGCAUCUUAUUCUCAUGACUCGACCCCAAAUAGAAAGUCCCGAACUCCCAAAGAGAGAAUCAUUCGUUCAUGCUUUGAAAGUGUGGCCACUUUUCAACAAAUCGGAAAGAAUGGUUCAAAGCCCAGAUCGCCAACAAGAGCCAAGACGAUGGCCAAGGAUGCGAUUUCUGGAAAGGGAUCUGGACAUCAGUCACUAAAUUCAUUUUAAUGACAGAAGCUGGAAGAAUUCUUUAGACCCUGAGAAUGAUGUGACGUGAGGUUUGGCUUCAACCGUUUCAGCCAUUGUCAAAGAUCUAGCGUCAGAUGUGGUCCUGCGGAAAUGUACUCGAAACUGCAUUGUGAUGAUGAAUAAUCGAAUGUGCCUCUCAAACUCGGGCUCUGCAAUCGAGGCCAUGUAAGAAUGUCGAACAUUCCUUAACAGAAAUUCAAGAAAUUGGCGCAGAAUUUGUCAAAUUUCAAGGGAAUUAACGAUAACGGCGCAUCGGAAGAGUUCUGCGUAAAGCACUAAUCACGAGGACAACGAAGAGUAUGGCGUAGAAAAGUACUAUCGUGAUCGAAGAACUACGUUGUUCGAUAGGUACUAAGGCCACGAAAAGAAUGAGCAUGGGAAGAGAAGGAUUUGGAGGAAUUUGGGAGCGCUAAUCAUGACGAGAAGUGGGAGCGCAAGCGGACAGGGAGAAAAAGCGAGAGAGGGAGGUCCUUUCUUCGGCAAAACCCGAAGAUGUGGCGAGCAAGGAGAUGGUGACAAAUGGAAAAGCUCAUGGUUGGAGGGAGACGGACCUUACGGAAGAGUGAAGGCCAGGAGGCGAACACCACGUCGCCGAAGGAGUGGUGGAGGCUGUCCUUGCGACGGACACAACGGAGCAGUUUCUUUGCGGCAAAGCGGGGCCAGAUAGCGAUGGGAAAGUUUCAAAUUUGCUCGUGCCGGAGGCAUCAACAGAGGCGGAGAGAAAGAGGAGGCAGUCUCGAGAAAGAUGGCGCUAGUCAUCUCGGGAACGGAGCUCUUCCCAUCAUCAUCGGUCAAUGGACUAGUGUGCUUGCGGAAGGUUGAGCUCGUACAGCAGCGGCAGCCGCACAGGAGACUGAAAGUGGAACAGCAACGAGUGGGAGUUCGCGCAUCGUCGGAGCUCCUGGAGCCUGUGACAUCUGCUGCCACUACCGACCUGACAUGGCAAAUCACCGCGGGUGCCAUCGCUGGGGUGACACCUUUCGUGGUCGCAGGCAUCGAAUUUAGCAAGCGCAUUAUGGAGCAGAAAAGAUGUCAAGUGUGUGGUGGGUCUGGGCUUGUGAAACGAGUGGGCAUCCUAGUCCGAUGCAAUGGCUGUGGGGGGUUUCUUCCAUGGCAGUCUUGGCGUCGUUUCUUUUCGGGGAAGUAGGAAAGUAAACCGCUCUGUAUAUUACUAUUCUCAGUUGUAUAAAAGGAAGGAAUUCUUAUCACCUGUACAAGAGUGGCGUAUUGCCGUGUAUAAUACCUCUUUAACUUCCGGACUAUCAUUUCUAGAUAUUAAAAACUCAAUUGUUGUACUCAGCAACCAGGUGCAUAACGAUCUUGAAGAUCUACUCAGUCUUGAUAUGAGUUCUGAAUGUUCAUAUUUGAGAAAUGCAGACUUGAUUUUAAUUAACACCACUUGAGUUCUUUUAAAGAUGUGGCGUAGUCCAACUAGUGCAUCUAAUGAGCGCAUCUUGUCUUCAUCUUCCCGAACAUAUCAACAUGACCAUGUAGUUUCGACAGGAAAGAUCUAGAUUGAAGGAUGUCUUCACAUAGUACGUUAGUUCCAUUGUGUGCUGCGCUCUUUUUGUUGUUGUUAUCGGUCGAUCUGCAUUGUAUAUGCCCAAGACGUAUGCUAGAGUAUAAUGCAGGGAACCAGUAGUUUUCUAAAAAAUGCAGUGACUGAACGAGUCUGGAAACAGGGUGAGCUUUAUGUGAAGGUUAUC